GCGGUCCCGGGGCGGUCCCGGGGUUGCCUGUUGACUCGCCCCGGCCCCAUCACAUGAUCGCGGAGCGGGUGGCGGAGCAGCGGCGCCGGCGGGGCCAUGGCGGUCGAAGGCGGAAUGAAAUGCGUGAAGUUCCUGGUGUUCGUCUUCAACUUCAUCUUCUGGGUGUGCGGCGUGGCCCUGAUUGCCAUUGGCAUCUAUGCCCAGCUGGCACUGGAUAAGGCGCUGGCAGUCAGCGCCGGCUCUGCCGCCAGCUCCCCGGUGGCCAUCCUGGUGCUGGGGGUCAUCAUCUUCUUCAUCUCCUUCUUCGGCUGCUGCGGGGCCUGGAAGGAGAGUUACUGCAUGGUCACCACGUUCGCCAUCCUGCUCAGCAUCAUCUUCCUGGCCGAGGUCGCUGCUGCCAUCGCAGGCUACGUCUACAAGGACAAGGCCCGUUCAGUGCUGGAGGAAGGGCUGUGGGAUGCCAUGAGCAGGUACGGGGAGGACCAAGCCAUGACGCAGGCGGUGGAUGAGCUGCAGCAGGAUUUCAAGUGCUGUGGAGCCAACAACUACACAGACUGGGCCAACAUUGAGCAGUUCAAGCUCAACGACACAGUGCCCAGGUCCUGCUGCCGCCAAGACACCGCAGCCUGCAACGUCCACCCCUCCCCCACCACCGUCUACGAGAAGGGCUGUCUGCAGAGCAUUGAGAGCUGGAUGAAGAAGAACAUCCUGCUGGUGGCUGCCGUGGCGCUGGGCAUUGCCUUCUUCGAGCUCCUGGGCAUCAUCUUCGCCUGCUGCCUGAUGAAGGGCAUCCGCAGUGGCUAUGAGGUCAUGUAGCCCCCCCCCGACCACUGUGGACCCUCCCCCACGCUGGGGGGGUGGUCUGAGGGGCUCUGGGGGGGGCCCAGGGCAGCGUCCCCAGGCCUGGAAAUAAAAUGAAAAGCUUC